CAAAGAAUGGGUAAGCCUAGAUAUAAAAGCAUAAUCUGCUCAUAACGUUUGAUUCUUAGUUAGAGCGUCUGCAGCUAAUAUUUUCUCACAGUAAGACUUUGGGACGCCAUGUUUAGUAGUACCAUAUACGACUUCUUCGCAGCUAAUUCUAUCGGAAAGUAUCUGCUUGAACAUGAGCAUCAGAGUUACUGUAUAGUGGUUGGAUAUGUCCUUUUUGUGAUCUGGUUAGGCCCAUCUUGGAUGAGGACCCGGAAACCGUUCGAUUUAAAAAUACCCAUGAUUCUAUACAGUUUUAUCAUGUCAGCCUUAAAUUUUGUUUUGAUGAUUCAAGUGUAUCAACACCUUGCUGAUACCUGGGAUGUGAGAUGCAGCAAAGAUGCACCAUUAUAUCAACAAAAGAUGCAAGAUAGAAUGUUUAUACCAUGGAAUGCGAUUUUUGAAAAACAUUUCGCAUUUUUUGAUACGAUUUUUUUCAUGUUGCGGAAGAAACAAAAUCAGCUAACAUUUCUUCAUGUUUACCAUCACACCGUCACGUGUUUAGUUGUUCUCUGGUUUGCAGUAACUCAAGACCUAACGUUCUUUGUUCUUACCAACAUGCUUCUGAAUUCGUUUGUGCACGUCAUCAUGUACUUUUAUUAUGGCUUAUCAGCUUUCGGGAAGUCAAUGCAGAAAUAUUUGUGGUGGAAAAGAUAUCUAACAAUAAUACAAAUUGUUCAAUUUUUGCUGAUGCUUUCCUGGGCAUUGAUAACCUUUGGUAGCGGUUGCGAGAAAAUUACGAACCUGCAGUCUGCUUAUUCUAUUUAUAUCAUCACUAUUCUUGCCCUCUUCAUCAAUUUUUAUAGAAAAUCAUUCAAGAGAAUGAAGACUGAAUGACACACCAAUAAACAAAUUGCUAGAUUAAAUUAAUCAUUGACAAAAACUUAUUCGUUUCUUUAAAUAAAUUCUUUCUAAAUAUUUUUAUUCUGUUUUCAUUAGAGUUUAUUCCAUACAAGUUUAAAUAAAUUCUUUGAGUUCAUUUCAAUGAAAUCAUUUAGAUAUGGUUUCUUGUAAAUGAUUACAUCAAAUAAUCAGACAUUAAACUUGUGCUUUUAAUUUGUCUUACAUAUGUUCUGUUCAUUGCAUUCAUGAAUCUACCUAUUGGAGACCAAUCCCAUAACUUAAUGGCACAAUUAAAAACGCAGAUGAUCUAGCUUAUCUGUCAUAUAAAUUUCACAAAACUGUAACUUUAAUUUUUUAUACGCCAUGAAAUCUACG